ACACCAAUCUCCUAUCCAUCAAAUAAACAAUAAACAUCAUCCAUACAUAGAACAAAAAGAAACUUUUACGUAAGAGAAAAAUGGCAGGAACUGUGGGUAAGAUGAUGAUGGUGAUGGCUUUGGUAAUGACGGCAUGUUGCCUACAGGCAUGCAAUGGGAUGAAGGUUGAUGAAACCAUGACAGCGGCAGCGAUGGCUUCAAAACUCGAGUGCUUCAAAACAUGUUCCAUAAGUUGUGGCAAACAAAACAAACCAUGUUACCAAAAUUGUUUGACGAAAUGUGGUGUACCUCAAUUUCCUUCUAAACCAUCAUCCCCUUCAACCGCUUAAUCUAUUCCCCAUUUUUUUCUAACUUUCGGUUUAUACGAAACAGUGUGUCUUUCGAUUUACCGGAAGUUCUAUCUUAUAUUUUGAUGUUUGUAAUGGAAAAAAAGAAAAAAUUAAUAUGAUACAUUUAAACUUUGAUUAUAUGUGAUA